CUUGAAGAGGAGGAGCCAUGGGGAAUGUGGGAAGGCAAGAGAGCUGAGAUCACUUCCCUGGUACGGUUAGAGACCGACACAAAGACUGGGUCUAUUGCAGACCAAAGGCUGCGUAUGAAUCCGAGGGGUUCUUAUCUGGGGAUGGAUUGGACACCAGCUGCACCUUAGAUCUCAUCUUUCCGGGUGCCCAGCCAGCCCAGGGCACCCCCGUCCACCACCCACAUUGAACACAAGAAUAUUGUCCAAAAGGACCUUUGCUAGCACAACAGCUCUAAACUCUGCUGGAUGGGCUCAGAAGAUGAAGAGACAAAGCGAUCCGUGGCCCACUGGACAGUAUCAGAGGUGUGUGCCUGGCUGGACAGCAGACCCUUGGGGGCUCAGGGGGGGCCCCUGCUGGAGGCAGCAAGCAACCAUGCUAUCUCUGGCAAGGCACUGCUGAGGCUGACAGAGGAGACAAUGGAGCGCAUGGGCAUAGUGCCACAGAGCCUACGUCAGCAGCUGCUGCAUGAAGUCCUCUGUCUCCGCAUUCAGCAGGAAAUGGAAGACUUGCUGGACAUUACAGAUGAGAGUGACUCAAAAGUGUCUGCAACUGAGUGAGCAGCUUGGGAGAAAGCAGGCAGCUCAGCUUAUGACAUAUCAAGUUGUGGAUCCAAGCAUCAAUGUCAUGCAAGGGAUUAAAGACUACAGCGAGGGGUGGUAGUGGAAUGGAAGCUGCUGGACUUCGGACCUCAUCUAACAAUGCCUCCAUUAUCAGGAAACAGGGAUUCUCUCAAGGAAGGAAGACUACUCUUGCAGGGUUUGAGGAAGCUAUACAUCACACUGCUUAAUAAAAU